CUGCGAGGGGCUAUGCAGACCCAAUACCCAGAUUGCUUAGAAAUCGAAAAUUCCGAUCCGGAAGUGGAAGCCACCGGUAGUAGUAAUUCUUGAUUAUGCAGAACUAGAACUAUCUUCAUUCUUCUUUUCAGCGAAAUCUGGGCAGGAGAUAGAGAUACGAAGCUGGGAAUUUUCUGUGUUUGGCCUCCCAGAUCUCUGUUCAUGCGCCAAUGGAGUACAGAAGGAUCAAAGAUCAGGAGAAAGAUGGCAAUGGGGACGGCAGUGGGGUUAGUGUCGCUGUGGCAGAUGACAUAGAGAGCUUGCGCGGCGGGAAAGCAAUUUCAGGUGCGAGUAAUGUGGCAAAAUUGGGAGCAAAUUCUUUUGAUCGGUCUAAGUGGCAACAAAAGUCCAUAGUUACACUUGCAUUAACAGUUCUUACUAGUUCACAAGCAAUACUCAUCGUGUGGUCCAAGAGAGCUGGAAAAUAUGAAUACAGUGUUACAACCGCAAAUUUCAUGGUGGAGACUUUGAAGUGUGUUUUGUCGCUUGCAGCCUUGAGUCGAAUCUGGGGAAGUGAAGGUGUGACCGAAGAUAACAGGUUGAGCACAACUUAUGAUGAGGUUAUUGUAUACCCUAUUCCUGCAGCACUUUAUCUUGUCAAGAAUUUACUUCAGUAUUAUAUUUUUGCUUACGUGGAUGCACCGGGUUAUCAGAUAUUGAAGAAUUUUAAUAUCAUUAGCACUGGUAUUUUAUACAGAAUCAUACUUAAAAAAAAGUUAAGUGAGAUUCAGUGGGCAGCAUUUAUUCUACUAUGUGCUGGGUGCACUACUGCACAGUUAAAUUCAAACUCUGAUCAUGUUCUUCAAACACCUUUUCAAGGUUGGCUGAUGGCUAUAAUCAUGGCACUCUUGAGUGGAUUUGCUGGAGUGUAUACUGAGGCUAUAAUCAAGAAACGUCCUUCAAGGAAUGUAAAUGUACAAAACUUCUGGUUAUAUGUGUUUGGGAUGGCGUUCAAUGCUAUUGCUAUGAUGAUUCAAGAUUUUGAUGCAAUUGCGAACAAGGGAUUCUUUCAUGGUUACUCAUUUAUUACGGUUCUCAUGAUUCUGAAUCAUGCCCUCAGUGGCAUUGCUGUAUCUAUGGUGUUGAAGUAUGCGGAUAAUAUUGUGAAGGUUUAUUCUACUUCAGUGGCCAUGCUUCUCACCGCAGUUGUUUCUGUUUUUCUGUUUGGGUUUCAUCUUUCCCUCGCAUUUUUCCUUGGAUCAACGGUUGUAUCGGUUGCUGUGUAUCUUCACUCAAUUGGGAAGCUGCAAAGAUAGUGACAACUUUGAAUUGUAAUCCAGAGAACUACCGUCCCUUUGUAUAUGGGGUACUGCUUCCUGCUGUUCUUGCCCCAUUAUAUGUUUCAAUUGAUUAUAUGAGGAAUUAUGGAUUCUAACUACAAGCUAGAUAACAGAUGAUUGGCAUAUGCGAAAUAUUAUUUGUUACCAAAAAAUGUAAGAUUCAACCUCAAGUCUUAGCGCACUGGGAAAUUUGAGCUCUGCUGAUUUAUGGAUGACGGUGGGCGAUAUCUGAUGCGCUUGUAGAAUGUCAGAGUUCUUGAGAUUUGAGAAUGGUGUAGGUAAAAAGCAUAUAAGAUCCCACAGAUUUUAGGUUAUAUUUGAUUACCCUUUCGUUUUUGUUUUGUAUUUUUUAAAAUUAAGCAUGUCUUGCAUUUUUUUUUUAAGUA